UUCGAACCCGGGCGACGCCAUUUUGUUUUUUAAACAAAACAUCUCCUCUCCCUUUUUCCUCAUCUUCAGUCCCAACUUCUUCAUCUUCGCCAAAACCAAAAAAAAGAGGAGAGACUAGAGAGACAAACAAAAGUCAUGGCGCAGGUGGUACGAGCUGCAGCAACGCCGCUAUUCCACCGACAAAUACUCCAUUUUCUCUCUUCUCAAACAACAAUCACGACGGCACAUCGUCUCUCUCUCCUCUCACUCCGCCGCCACGCCCACAUUUCGCCGCGCGCUCUCCGCCCUCCCCGCGAAAUCGACCUCGAAAAGAGGAACAACAACAACAUCAGUGUUGUAGAACCAAAAGAUGACAAAAAUGCAGAGGAUGAUAAGAAGAACCAAAGAAAAAGCCGCAAUGAAGCCAAACGUGCAGCUCGUGAAGCUGUUCGUUGGGGAAUUGACCUAGCUUCUUUCUCCACUUCUCAAAUCAAACGUAUUCUCAAGGCGGCUUCAUUGGAGGAAGAGGUUUUUGAGGCUCUAAUGGUGGUUAAGAAAUUAGGAGCUGAUGUUCGUGAGGGGAAAAGAAGGCAGUUUAACUAUAUAGGGAAGUUGCUUCGGGAUGCUGAGCCAGAUUUGCUUGGAGCUUUAAUUCAAGCAACCAAAGAUGGUGAUCAAUCUAGGCUUCAGGCAAUAGCAGGUUCCGGGAAAUCAGUUGAUGAAAGCCCUGAAGAAGAGCUUGAUGAAUUAGAAUCUGAACCUGAGGAGGAAGAUGAGGAUUCUGGUGAUCAUGUCAUGCUAGGAACCAAAUGGUUUGACGGUUUUAUCAAAAAAGAUAUCCAGACAAGCAAUGAAGUCUAUUCUAUUGACAUUGUGGAUUUUGACCGCCAAGUUUGCAAAUUUAGGACUCCCUUUUCAGUGAACUAUCUACAUGUUGAUGGAUGCUUGUCAGAAGUACUUGUGCUUUUAUUUUUAGAAAUUUGCCAACUUUUUUUUUUGUUUUUGAGAUCAAGAUCUGCUUCACUUCUUACUUGGUUUUGUUCCACUUUUUGUUGACUAAAUAGAAAUGAAAUACACAACAAUGCCAAAUCCUAAAAGAUGGGAUCAGCUUCAUAAAUAGAAUUUAUAACCUGCGCUCAUCCACAAAAAUUCUCUUCCUCAUUCACUUAUAUUUAGCUCUACAUGCGCUCAUCCACAAAAAUUCUCUUCCUCAUUCACUUAUAUUUAGCUCUACGUGCUCUUGCAAACCCAUCUUUUUCACAUCAUGUUUAACUCCCUUAAUGCAAGUCUUUGUUGGCUUCCCUUGACUUCUAAAAUAUCUAUAAUCCUCACUCUUCACUUUCCUUACUGGUGCAUCUUAUGGUCGAUGUCGCAUGAAUAGAUGAUACUAUUAUGUUGAUUUUUCUUAAAUUAUCUCCCUUUCACUAUUUUCAUUCAUCUGGGGCAGAAGGUCUGUAAACCCAUACCUUGUUGUGUUGGACAUGUAUUUUUGUAGCUAGCUACGAAUCUCUAAUAACCAGCGGUCAAUGUACGUGGUCAAAAGUAACAUAUAAAUUUCUUUUUCUAGUGAUUUAUGUACAGUACAUGACAGAUCUUCAAUUGUCAGUGAUGUACACCCGUAAAUCACUAUCAAGUGAAAACAGCAAAACAAAGUUGUGAGAAAUGGUUGUGGAAGGAAGGGAACCCUGCAAGCAAAAGAAGAGUUUAGUCCAAAUGCAGAUCAAAAUCAAGAAGCUCUAAGCCAAGAACUGAUACUAUGUUAGUACUGAAUCGUUUGCAUGCAAGUCCCCAUGUAAUUCAACCAUAUGCUCACUUAAGAAUGUUAUAUAUUGAUAGGCUCGUCAAACCUUGGUGGUCGGGAAAUUGAAUUUAGGAAAUGAGUAAAAGCUAAGAAAAGCAAUGAUCGAAGUGAGCAAUAAUGGAGAUCACUUAUCGAUUUAGGCAUAUGGGGAAGAAAAUUUUACCCCUCCUCACUAGGGGCCUUCGCUACUGUAGGCAAUGAUCUCAUAUGUACCUUACCUUUAGGUUUGAGAAGGGGUGAAGUCUUAUGGACCAUUGUGCUCUGCUCAAUCUCAAAGAUGUAGUGACAACCGAACAAAUUCCUCAAAGGAAGUUCACAAAGUUGAGCUAUGGUCAACCGAGCGAGAGCAGUUCCUUAGCUUUUUCCAUGCAUUCUUCGUCAAAAUCUCUUGUACAACUUCUUGGAUCUUCUAUGGGCUACAUGUGACCACUAGACUUUUGUUCCGUAACUCAAAUUAACGCCCUAGAUGCCUAAUCUGAACAAAACAUCUAACACAUAGAAACAAGUCCAAACAUAUCAAAUCAUACGAAAAAACGAGCUCUUUUACUCAUAGCUAAGAGAAUUGAGCUAAAUGAUCUAUAUAAAAUAGACACAUCAAAAUCCCCCAAGCUAACCUUUUUGCUUGUCCCUAAGCAAAAGUACACAAAUGAGUUACAAGAUAUAAUUGUUUCACCCCUUAGAAAAUUCAGUUCUAAAGUAUUUGUGGACUCAAAAUCAAUCAAGAACGCAUGUAUCAUCAUCAAUCAAUCAUAUCAAUCCAACAACCAAUCACCGAGAAAGACAAUCAAGCAGGGUCACUAUGCAUAUCAUGCAAUGCUAAGAUGGUGCUCACAAGGGAAGACACUCCAUCUCAUUUUUGUGGCAGGAAAAAGACGUACCCGAUCACUCUCUAUUCCCACCAUAUGUCCCUUCCCAACUCACUACUCUCUUAUGUUUAGAAGGUAACAUAAUGUAAGUUCUAUUGACUAUCAAUCUAAGAAUAAUAGCAAACAAUAAUAGAAUAUCAAAUAAUAAAGCAGGAAAGAACACACCAGAAAUUUUACGUGGAAACCCAAAAACUGGGAGAAAAACCACGAAUCUGCACUAGGAAUCGAUGAAUAUUCAAGAAAGAUUACAAAAGCACUCAAGAACUCUCUCUACAAUUUUUUCUCUCUCAAAUAUGUGUUUAGAGAUGAAGAAUUUAAUAAUUAUAAUUAGGGCACCUAAUCAUUAAACAAAAGAAAACCCGGAAAAUCGAAAACCCGCAGCUCGACAUCCCGCGGGCGCAGGGUCCUAGCCCGCGGGCGGACAGAACACUGAUGAAACUCGUCAGUUUCGUCAGUUCUUCGUAAAACCGUCAUAACUUUCUCGUUUCUCACCGGAAUUGGACAUAUGACCUAUCAUUGGAAAGCUCUCG